GCUGCAGGGCUCCUGGGCUCUCUCCUAUAAGAUGCAAUGCAGAAGGUUGCAGCUGUCAUUGAGUGUGCACCUAAAGACAGAAAGUAAGCCAAAUAAUGUAUUUUAGCUGGUGAUGCUAAAUACAUAUUAUAUUAAAAAUAUUAACAACACCAGCUAAAACUACCAAUACUACAGCAAGCGGAAAAUGAAAAUGUUGUUGGUUUUGGUGAACAGACAUUUGACAUUCUACUGCCCCUGCUGGUCUGGAAUAAUCUAUAAAAGGAAAUGAAUUGCAGCUGCUAGCCUUUUAGCAAACCCACACUCCUAGGUUUCAGGUUGGAAAUCCAUCUCCUGAUUAGCGUGCACCACAAGAAUCCUUUGCUGCUUAGACAUGUCCAUUUUGCUCAGAGCUUUGACAAAUUUCUCUGCCUGGAACAGAAGCACUAUGGAGAUGGACCAGACACACAUGGCAGGAAGGGGGUGGUGCACUGAUGGUGACCAUACACUAAAGAUUGGCAUCGUCACCACCUUGGGGUGUCUGAUCAUCCUGGGGAAUUUAUUUGUACUACUUGUUAUUGCCUCAUCUGUUUCUGGCUGGUCACGUAAUAGUCGCUAUAUUCUUAUCUCUUUGACUGGCACAGAUGUCACAUUGGCUUUGGUAGUGGUUCCACUCAAUCUGUAUGGAAGCAUUGUGUUGGAGCCAGGUGAUGAAGAUGAAGAAGAUUCUGCUCUUGGACCUUACUGUCACAUUGUGGCCUUUCUAAAUUCCUCAGUGUUUGCCUCUUCUAUUUAUUCAUUGGCCAACAUUAGCCUGGAGCGAUAUGUGGCCGUGUUCUUUCCUUUGCACUAUAACCGAGUAAUGAGUCGCCGCAGAGUUAAGCUAUUAAUUGCAGCAGCCUGGUUGUUGCCUCCUGUAUUCUUGUUUCCCAUUUCCAUCCCAGGUGGCACAGUGAUACAUGUCUAUUUUUCCCGAGCCUCUCUCAUCUGUAACCCAGACUAUGCUAGCAACGUGACUUACUCUCUAAUGCUGACCAUAGUCAUAUUUUUCCCUUGCUCAGCAAUAGUCACAUUUGCCAACCUGCGACUAUGGAGAGUUGCAAGGAUGCAAAGCAGAAGGAUGAGUGUGUGUUUGUCUGGCAGAAACAAACAAGGUGUUGCCACAGUGUGUGAGAAUGUGGAUGGCAGCAUACCAGUUCACCUAAGCAGAGGCAGGCCUGCAACCGAUGAAAUUGGGGACAGAGGCCCACGUAAAGGAGAUGCUGCAUCCAAGGUGCUAAUUCCUGUGGUCUGUGUGUUCUACAUUUGCUGGGCACCAUGCAUGGUUACUAUCCUAUAUAAUGCUAUUACCCAUAAAAGAGUUCCAGAAUGGGUGGAGUUUGUAGCCUUGUGGCUUCCAAGUGGAAAUGGCUUCCUCAACUGUUUUGUGUACUUUUGGAUCAACAGGAGCUUUCGACACAAAUUUAGACAACUAGGAAGAAAAUUGUUCCUAUGGCGUGGCUGCUGGACCCAUCGGAAAAGUCGUAAAAAGGCACCCCGUAUCAAAGUCACAAACAAUGCGUUGACAAUUUUACAAGAAAGGUCCUGCAGUGUGUCAUCAACUUGCAUGCUACUUCCACAGGCAGCAGACUCUGUUUUAUAAUCUUAAUCGGAGAUGGCUCACUAUGCUGAAACCUAUUCAUAAUAUCUAUUUAAACCAGCGGUCUCUUUUGUAACCUAAAACUUCAAUGUGUGCGCAUUUGCCACACUGUUAUACACUGUGUGGCAUAAAGCCCUCUGAAGCUUCAAAUGGUUUCCAAAUAUUUCACAAAGUAUCUUCUAUUUAUUUCAAUUUUACACAGUUAUGGCCAUGGGAUUUUGGAAUGUGACCACCUGGUUUAUCAAAUGCUGUAUGCUUGAUUUAUAGCUGUACUAUGAUGCAAGGUGCAGAAGAUGCCAUACUUAAUGGACCCAAAAGAAAAAAAAAAAUGGCAAAAAAAUAAAUAAAAAAAAUAGCAAGAAUAUUUCUGCUGCUAGAAUGGGGCUGAAUGGAUGUUUUUAUAUUUGUUUUAUUUAUAUUGUAGGACAAUGCCACCCAAUAGAGAUGAGUGGGAUUUGUUGAGUGAAUGAGCAAUCGCCCUUUUUGCCUUUCUGGGAUGAUUGAUAUUGUGUAAUCCGAACCAGCAGUUGGAGUAUUCUUGUCCAGUCCUUUGGUGACAUUCAGACAGAACUGGCCAUAGAUAUGGUCACCCUGUAUUACAAUAAAAGAGAUUGAAAAAAAAAAAAGGGCAGCAGGGGUCCUUCGCUGGUGGUAAUGUGCUGUCAGGGACAGGCCAAGAAAUUAAAUGUUUACUCCUAGGCUAUCAAAUCUCAACCAACGUUGUUGGGCAGACUAGUUCUAAAUGGGACCACUACAUUUGAAUGGACAGUUAAAUUAUUUUAGUUUGCUAUGGUGAAUGACCUGUUUUAAAUACAUUCACUUUGCCAUUAAUUACUGGAUGUAUUUAAAUUAUAAAAUUAACAUUACUUUUUUCUUGUAUAUGGGGCAUUGGUAAAAAAAAUUAAAUAACGUCCUGGGUAAUUUGGUGUACUUUAUGGCAGACCUGUAGGUUUAGUCAUUGUUGGAUUCUCCAUGUCUUUCAGUGCCCCAAUUUAACCCUUCCAUAUACAGGGUCCAUUGCUUACCCCUUAAGAGUAAAGACGUCAGAUGCUAUUAAAGUUAUCUAAAUAGGCCAGUAUAUCUCUACGGGUGAAACUGGAAUACUGGUACAAUCUGUAGUGGCUUCAGCUUUUUCUAAAUGGGAUCCCUCAUUUUGUAUUUUAGGUAUAUUGUAAAUAUGUAGCUUAGAAAAUGUUUCAACAUAAACCUUCUAUGGAUCCUUUAGUAAAGUUGUAAGGCAUUCAAUGCCUAGCCGGGACCAAAUGUGUCAUUCACCACAGGCAGUGUUUUUUUUUUUUUUCUUUAUAAUAUAUUAGAGAAGUGAUUCCUUGUGCUUGUCAUUACUUGCCCAUGAACUAAAUGACUUAAUAUGCAUAAUGGCAUUCACAUAAUUAAUUAUUCUUCUGUAUGUUACAUAUUCAUUAAACUAACUAGGAUGAAAAUGCAACAGAAAAAUAACGAACUAAACCAAAUCUUUACAAACAAGGGUGACUUUACUGAGGACCACUGCCCUUCAAUUCUUUAUAUCUUAAGUUAUUUUAAAAUAAUCUGUCACUUCUUGAUUGGUUGCAUUCUAUAUAUCCAUGUUAAAGUUUAUGCAGCAUAUGAAUAGGUUCUUCCUAGAAAAAAAAAAA